AUAGCGAAAUAAAUGUGAUAUUCGUACAUAUACCUGCCUUAAAAUGACCAGAAACAUUCACCUCUGUCUUAUACACAGGUGGAUUGUACAUCAAGAUGCAAAUUUUCGUGAAAACCCUCACAGGGAAAACCAUCACCCUCGAGGUUGAGCCCUCUGAUACAAUUGAAAAUGUCAAGGCUAAGAUUCAAGACAAAGAAGGAAUCCCUCCUGAUCAGCAGAGGCUGAUCUUUGCUGGUAAACAGCUGGAGGACGGACGCACCCUCUCCGACUACAACAUUCAGAAGGAGUCCACACUUCAUCUAGUGCUGAGACUGCGUGGUGGUGCUAAGAAAAGGAAGAAGAAGUCCUACACCACUCCCAAGAAGAACAAGCACAAGAGAAAGAAGGUCAAGCUCGCUGUGCUCAAAUAUUACAAGGUUGAUGAGAAUGGCAAGAUCCACCGGCUGCGCCGCGAGUGUCCUGCAGAUGAGUGUGGAGCUGGGGUGUUCAUGGCCAGCCACUUUGACCGUCAUUACUGCGGGAAGUGCUGCCUGACUUACUGCUUCAACAAACCAGAGGACAAGUGAAGUACA